UAAUAAUGAGUACAGUCACAACCAACAAUAAUGACAACAAAAAUACGACAAAUUUUAUGGUUGGCAAAAAACCCAAUGAAUCAUCAUUUCAGGAUUUAAAAUUAGAAAUAACUGUAUUGAUUAAAUUAUUGUCAGCAAGUGGUAAUGAUGAUAAUGAAAAUGAUGAUUUGGAAACACUGGCCAAAAUUAGCCGACAUAUCGAUACGGCCACAGGAUUUGCCAGCAUUCCGGACAUAUUAAAAGUAUUGAUGUUAUUCGAAAAUGAAUUAAAACGAAUCUAUGAAAAUAAACGCAAUGAUUGUGUAAAGAAGAUUUUGGCCGAUAUUAUAUCGUAUACAUGUUCGGGACAUUCUAGUGAAAUCAAAGGUCAAAUUGUUAAAUACUAUAUGCUUGGCUCGAAAAAUUUGAUUUCUCAAUAUGGAAUGUCAUACGUACGAAAUCUAGUCAAAGAUGUGGUUGAAAUAUGGAAAAAUUCACCCAAAGAUAAUAAACAAACAUUAUUGAAAUUGAUACACGAGUGUUCCAUCUAUUUCAUAAGGCAAAAUUCCGAAAUUGAAGCCUGUGAUCUAUUGAUAGAAGUCGAACAGUUACCAAUGUUGGAAACAAUUAUUCAUGACGAAGAUCUAUGUGAAAAAGUUUGUCAAUAUCUUAUAGUUAGUAGUUUAUACGUUGAUGAAACCGAGAGUCAAAACAUUCUGUAUACAUCAUUAUCGCUGUAUUUGGAUCAUAAAUUAUACACAGAAGCUUUGUUUGUCGCCAUACAGAUGCAGAGCAAAGAGAUUAUUGUAAGGAUUUUUCUAUUAUGUCCAGAUUUACUUAUACGUCGACAAAUGGCUUUGAUUUUGGCGAGGCAUAAUAUUUCAUUCAUCGACGAUGAUGAAUUUUCUAGUCGAUUGCGAAACUCAAUCGCUGAUGACGAUCAACCGUUGUUGGAUGCAUUGUCCAAUCAUCGAUUAAGUCAAGAGUUUUUGCUUGUUGCAAAGCAAUUGGACCUACUACAACCGAAAGCUCCUCAUGAUAUUGUCCACAAGGAUUUGAACAGGCGAAAUCGGAAAAAACAACCAAUGCUUCCCACAUAUAACCAACAAUCAGUUCUUGGAACUUCAUUCAUGAAUUGUUUUAUUAAUGCUGCAUUUGGUACUGAUAAGUUAGUUUUAACUGGAACUGAUUGGAUUGGUCGCCAUAAAGAUUUGUGUAGAAUGACAGCAACAGCUACGAUGGGUCUUUUAUGCCUAUGGGAUAUGCAAAAUGGCCUAUUAAAAAUUGAUCGAUUUUUACGAUUCAGAGAUGAAAAUAUUAAAGCGGGUGCAUUGAUGGCAUUCGGUUUGAUCAAUACAACAAUCAAAUCUGACUACGAACCAGCAUAUCUAUUGCUUAAGAAUUAUAUAAUGAAUCGUUCACAAUCGAUUCGUAUCGGUUCGAUUGCAGGAUUGGCUAUGGCAUAUUUAGGUACUAAUCAUGGUGAAGUGAUCAAAUCAAUUUUAGAUCCAAUGAUGGCCAACAACUCAUCAUCUGACCGUAAUCAACAAUGGCAACAUCCUUUGGAAUUGAGUGCAAUAGCUUGUGGCCUAAUUGCACAUUCCACUGGUAAUAUGUUGAUUAUUAAUCGUUUGAUCGAAAUAAUGGAUAAAAAUAUCGACAAAAUGAAACUCGCCGAUUCGAGUACACGCGAUUUAAUUCACGCGAUUGGCCUGGUGGCCAUGUUCCGUCGAAAGGAUCUGCCCACGUUAAUUGAUUUAAUUAACCAACGAUUUAAUACACCACAAAGAGAAGCGUCGACAACAUCGAUAUCAACAACAACAUCGACAAGAUCAAGCCUGGGAAAAUAUUUAUCACUUUGUGUUCAGAUUUGUGCCUACAUUGGCUCUUCAAAUAUUUUAAAAAUUCAAUAUUUACUUCGUAAUUGUAGUCCUAUUAUAACUGAUGAAUUGACGAAAAAAAAGGACGAAUCAAAUGAUGAAAAAUGUAAAAAAGAAAAUGAAAAAAAUGACAAAAAUAACCGAAAAAAUGAUGCAGCCACUAUUACCGACAAUGAACUAAUUCAAAUGUUAUCCAUCAUCGGUAUUGGCCUAGUUUCCAUUAGCGAUCAGUUGAAUUCGGAAAUGGUCUUUCAAACGUUUAUACGAUUUCUGAAACUUGGAAGUGUUCGUAUCAAAUCAUCAGUCCUCAUAGCCAUUGCAUUAACAAAUCUAUCCGAUCCGAAGAUGAAUGUUAUCGAACUACUUCAUAAGUAUUGUCAUUUCACCGAUGAAAAUGUUGCUAUCAACGCUAUCUUAGCAUUGGGAUUUGUAUGUGCUGGAACUAAUCAUUCGCGAGUGUCUCGAAUGUUAACCGAACUUGAUGCGUUCAAUCGUGACAAAGUAAAUCGUUUAUUCGCCAUAAAAGUGGCCCAAGGUUUGCUCUAUAUGGGCAAAGGAGUUCUCACUUUAUCACCACAAAUGGAAACACCACAAUUAUUACGACAAAGUUCAUUGGCAUCCAUUAUGUCGUUUAUGUUUCGAUUGUUUGUCGAUCCUGUUAACGAUCUGAUCCAACGACAUCAUUACUAUCUUCUAUUCAUAGCCGGUUCUAUUCGUCCAAAAUUUCUCGUCACACUAGACACAAAAAUGAAUUCGAUUGCUAUACCGGUUCGUGUUGGCCAAUCAAUGGAUACCAUUGGUGUAGCCGGAUGGAAACCACGCGCUAUAACCGCAUUCGGAACAUUUACAACGCCUGUUUUGCUGAAUCGAAACGAGAGGGCAGAGCUUGCAACUGAUUUAUUUAGACCAUUAAGUAGCCAUUUGGAAGGAUUCGUAUUGGUCGAGAAAAAAAAGACCAACGAUGAUCACAAUAAUGAUGAAAAUAAACAUUAAAUCUAAUGAUGAAAU